AAUGGUAUAGUCGUCCCGUCUUAAGGCAACAUGGCGGCGCUUUCCGGCCUGUUCGUGCGAAGAAGUGAAGCUUGAGUGAGACUGAGAGAGAUCGUUUUCACGUGAAGAAAAGAAAAUUCCGUUUCCAUUAAUAAUGUUUUAUCUCUUAACCGCAGUUUAAAAAAGGUGUCUUAAAUGAGUUGACUCUAAAAAGUGUAAUUGCGAUUGGGUGACGUUGCUUGACGGUAAUUAGUACUAUCACUAUCAGCCUAGUACCACGUGAGGGGAGAGCCCCAAAUUCCAAAAAAGUCGAAUGCCAACAGUCAGAAGAGGCCGUGAACAUACAGGAAAUUAAAUGUUUGGUAAAGGCGGCUCAAUUGGCACGCAUGAACAAGGAGAGUCAAACACUGUCGUCGGAACUACUUUUGAUUAAUCAGUUAAUCACUGGUAGUGUCAUCCAGAUCUCAUCCAAAUGGCCUCCGGUCUAUCCUCCAUCAACCCGUUGCAGAGUGACCUGCCUCCCUCGGGUCAUCCCAGCUUCAUCAGCCCAUCAGCGGCCGCCACACCCCCGCAGUCUCUGCUGGAGACCAAGGGGAUACCCCUGGAGUGUUUUAUAGAAGAUUUGGACCAGCAGUUCAUCUGCGUCCAUUGUAAGAAGGGCCUGCGAUGGGCCAUGCAGACGAGUUGUGGCUGCAGGUCAUGCUAUGGAUGCCUACAGAGAUAUAUCAAGGAACAAGGUGACAGUCUGAAAUGCCCCAGUUGCGGGGACGAGUUCAGUAAAGAUGACAUCGCCAAGGACAGUUUUGCGAGAAAAAAAAUGGAGCAAUGCAAAAUGUAUUGUGCUAACAAAAGUCGGGGAUGCAAAGAACAGGUGCCGCUGAAGAAAAUGGAUGAACAUCUGCAACAGGAGUGCAACUAUGAGCUGAUCAACUGCAUGCAUCGCAGCAAAGGUUGCCUCCAGCGAGUGCAGAGAAACCAGCUCGUCCAACACUUGGAAAAGGAGUGUGCCUUCCGUCGGCAAAAAUGCAGAUACUGUGGGGAUGACUUUGUAAAGAAUGAACUGGAGUUACAUGAGAAGGAGUGUAAGAAAUUCUUGGAUAAAUGCCCAAACAAUUGUGGAGAAAGGCUCAUCCAUAAAGAUAAAAUUCCAGAUCAUCUGAAGUAUGACUGUCCUCUUCAAGACAAAGUCUGUAUUUUCAACAUGUUUGGAUGCUCAUUUAGUGCGAAGGGCAUAGACAGGAAGAUGGAUUUGCACACGGGCGAGAACCAGGUUUACCAUUUGCAACUAGUCACAGAGCACAUCAUAAGAAUGGACAAGCAGCUACAGGAGCUGAAUCUUCUGAAGAAUAACCUGGAAAAGAUGGUUGCCAAGCCAACAGCAAGUGAACAGAUGCAGGUACCAGCUAAGGCCGAGAAGCAGAUGAUGCGCGAUCUGCAGAAAAUGAUCAUGCCACUUAUGGAGAAAGUGGACAAUGUGGAAGACAACAUGAAUCAACUGGCAAAGCAGAAGACAGUGUCCGAACUCGAGGAAUCCAUCAAGCCCAUCCAGGAGAAACAGAAUCGCAUAGAGAAUCGCAUCGUGGAACUGGAGCAGGCGCAAAAGACCGGCAGCGUGGGCAGUAAUGCUGGAGAAAGCUCAGCACCUUUAACCAUGACCGGUGUGACUACCAGUGCAUUGUCUGCCAGCUCUUCCCGUAUGACAACCGUGGAGAACCAGAUGGGUAUGCACGCAGUGCGCAUAGCUGAGCAUGACCUCCGAUUUCAAGUUUUGGAAACGGCCAGCCAUGACGGCACUCUGCUCUGGAAGAUCAAAGAUUUCGCGCGUCGCAAGCGAGAUGCAGACAUCGGCAAGACCCUGUCGCUCUACAGCCAACCGUUCUACACCAGUCGCUAUGGGUACAAGAUGUGUGCUCGUGUGUACUUGAACGGAGACGGGAUGGGCAAGGGGACGCAUGUCUCCUUGUUCUUCGUUGUCAUGAGGGGUGACUAUGAUGCACUGCUGCCGUGGCCCUUCCGUCAAAAGGUAACUUUGAUGUUGCUGGAUCAGGACACUGGCCGGCGCCACUUGUCGGACAGUUUCCGGCCAGAUCCGGCCUCGUCCAGCUUUGGCCGACCCACGACUGAGAUGAACAUCGCCUCGGGCUGUCCCCUCUUUGUCUCCCAGUCGGUGCUGAGCGACUCGGCGUAUGUCAAGGAUAAUGUCAUGUUCAUCAAGGUGAUUGUGGACGCCAGCGAUGUGGUAAAACCUUAGCCUAAGACAUCCAGGCUCAUUCUUGGGUUGUUGAAAAGUUUUGGAGUGGUAGUUUAGGACCAAAGAGGAGGUACAAUGAUCACUUGUUUUGUGGAGGGGAACAAGUGCGUGUCGGAGCAGUCAUCCACAACAAUCCUGAUAAUUAAAGGCCCUUUGAUAUAUUUUUCUUUAGAUUAGUAAGCUCUUUCAGCUUCAACCUUCUUUAAGAUUUUUUCCCCUCAAAAUAUUAGCCUUGUUGAUCACUCCCCUCCCACUGCACGUUUUCAAGUUGAAAAUGUAGGUGAACCGAAAAAAAAAAGAAACUUAAAUUCCCUUUAAUAAUAUGAACAUGUCAAUCACUUCAAUGAUUGUGAAUUUUCGACACUAGUGAUUUCGUUGUUGCGUAUUUUGUUGUGUAUUUUGUUGUAGUAUUGUAACUUUUGUCCACUCAGUGACUCGUUAUCAAUAAAUAUCACUCUUUCAUAAAUCCUUUAUAUCUCCUCACAACGUCCUUGUCUUUCCAACCGUUGAUUUUUCCCCAAUCUUGCUAUUUUAUCCUUUCCUCACCAACCCCCAUUGUAAAGCAACAUGACUAGUGAACAUCUUUACACAUUUUGAAUUGCAUUUAUUUCUGUUUUCCUUUCCGAUUCCCCCCCCCCCCCUCCAAAAAAGGUGCACAUCCAUGGUAUACAUGUACAUGUGUUGUCCAUCAUUCACGUGUUCGUCAAUUUCCAAGUUGUUUCUCCAAAAUUUGAAAGAUUUGGUGUCCAGGGUUUGCCUGCACUUGAGACCAGUUCAUUUUACUUUGCAAUUGCAUUCCUGUUAUUAUCAUGAACUCGUUAUUAGACUUGUUAUCAGACUUGUUAUCAGACUUAUUAUCAAUGCGUCCAUGGACAGUUUCUCUUCCAGAAUUCGCAAAUUCAAUCCAUUACAAACUCCUCUUCUUUUGAACUUUAAAAUAACCGUUUAACACUGUCAACAUUUUAACGCAAUCAAAUCAAUCCUGUACUGUCCAAAGAACACAAGUUUUGCAUUGCGUUUUUUUUCUAAUCGACACUUAGAGGCAACUUUUUUCUGGUGCUCUUCGUAUCUCAUAAAAUGUAAUCAAUUAAGGAAGUGCCAAGUGAUGGUUUGUAAUGGUUUUGACAGGAUAAGUGUAAGAUGCCGAGUGUUCACCUUUCCACCUCCCAAAUCAUUUAGGCUGUGAUGUACUUUUUUAAGAUGGGCAUAUCAGGUAGGUCCGCUGGUAUUAGAGUGAAAGACCUUUUAUACUUGACCCGUUGCUUUAGUUCAACAAAACUGCUAAACAGGCAAUUUGAAAUCUCCCCAAAAAACAAUCACAAUAAGCAAUAGAUUAGAGCUAUCGAUUAGAAUUAAUAGUAGAUCAAAUAAUGUUUCACAAAACAAAUAAACACAUUUACAAAGUUAAAUUACCAACUGAACAGCAGGUUCAACGGAUAAAUUAAAAAAACAAUACAUAUGGACAUUUUUUUGAGUAAAAUGCUGUGAGUGAAAAUAUAGCAAUAGAUAUAUAUGUCAAUAUAAUCCACCAUUACCAUAUCAAAUUUAGGUAUUAUAGUAAAAUGCCUUUAAAGCAAAUCUGCACAGCACAAGAAUCGCAUGACUGUUCAGUAAUUAAUGUCUGUUUAGCACUUGUCUGAAUUAUGUAUCCCAAUUUGAGCUUAUGAUACCACACCUAUGCCCGGUUAACAAGCCUGGUCAUCUUGCAAGCAAAACCCUGAUUCCCAGUCUUGUCAAGAAGGGACCCAGACAUUGAAACAAGAUCACGCCAAGGAAAUAGAAACCGACAAGAUAUUGUGGGACGAUUCUUCUCUCUCAGUCUUUUCUGAACCUCUUUUUGCUUUCUCUGAAAACUUUCUCUGAACAUGAAGAUGACUAAUUAUACGGCAGUACAGAAUAUGUUGAAUUUCGACAUACUUAUGAUAUAGGCCUACAUGUAGUAAAUAGUAUUCGCCCAUGUAAAGGUGCAUUGUAACAGUGCUCUCCAUCGGCAAAAAAAGUCUAAUGCUGGUCUUGCGCUUUGUUUAAGCAAAAAAGGAUAAAAGGCUAAGCUGCUUGAAGGCAACAUGGACUACAUGUAACCAGAAUUUUGUAUUGACAGAGUUUGUACUAACGAGAUUCGACUGUAGUUUAAAGGAAGCAACGCUAAUCACACUGAACUUCAGAGAUUGUUUCAUAACCACUGAUCAUUCAGACAAACUCACUUGAUCAACAUGACAAACCAAGUCCACUGUGACUUGCUUGAUCAAAAGAAUUAACGGAAAAGGUUCCUUUCGAGAAGACAUAUUUUUCAAGUAUUUUUCAAGAUAUUCCAUUCAGACUCUUGUUUCCUAUUUUUUUUAACCUUGAAAUUAAAAGUUUCGGGGAUGUUCUUGCUCUUCUAAAAAAAUCGCCUUCAAUUCGUGGUUUCUGGAGAUGGUUUUUUGAAAAUUCAUUUGCUGAAUGAGUUUUUGAGAAGUGGUUAAAGAGACGUCUCUUUUACUUGGUUUCCAAGGUGGAAAGGUGAACAUUGGGCAUUUUGCACACAAAUCCUCUAAUCGUCUUAUAUUGGGCACUUUCCUCCAUCCACCAAAUCCCUUACAUAAUGGCACACGCAGUCAACAAAAUUGAAUUAGACACAAACCCUACAAAAGUAAUGGUGACUGGUCUUUGAAGUAAUGCAUCCCAAUGCAAUAAAAGGGGGGAUGCGUUCCACUCAUGCGAUUGGGUUUGCUAAAAGUUUCACUGGUUAAAAGUUUUUAAGAACCUCAAAAAUUAAUCGUGACAUUUGAAGUGAAAAUGCUUCCGGUAAUCUAUUGACUUACUUGGGACGUUGAAAACGGACAAUUUCAGCCCCACAAAAUCAUAACGUUCAUUGUGUGAGUCGGCCAUAACGUACACAAUUCCAUAGGGUUGGGCUUGGCUCACUCGCAAUGCGCAUUCCUGACCACACGAGAUAAACUGCAUGCGUGCACUGGCAAAGUACACUGUAUGCACAAUUCCUUUUAAUCCAAAUGUGCACAGACCCAUAUUUGCUUGACUGUCAGGCCUUUUAUGAUGGCAAAGCCUGAUGCAUUUAAAUGCUGAGUAACUUUCUCUGUAACUGAGCUAUGUAGGGUGAUUUGUGCAUGGACUAAGUGCCCUCAGUAAAUCUCACAGGCGUUUGGAAACUGGCGCCAUUUGUACUUGUAGUAACACGGCUUAACUAUGAGAAACAAAACAACCAUAGGAUGAGGCCCACUGCAGUCCCGAUGUAAAAAAAUAAAAUAAAAAAUAAAUAAAAACGUUCAAUAGCCAAACACGGGGAACCUGAUUAGUUUAGACAUGGAUUUAUUUGGAUUACAAUCCACAUAGGUCUGGGUAGCUCAGGCGGUAGAGCGCCGGUAUUGUAUUCCGGAGGUCGCAGGUUCAAAUCCCGCUCCAGUCAAUUCCUUUGUUCAACCUAAGUUUCUUUCGGUGUUGUUAUCCAACCCUUCCUCAUUGUCUGUGUCCAAAAGACCAUACCCACGAUGAGUGUUUUCUUAUACAUGUACAUGUACAAGUCAUUUUGGGGAUGAUUAACAAGAUGUGCAUUUGCAAAAAAAAAAAACAGUACCUCUUUAGUUUUGGGAUCAGUUUGCAUUUAGACUACUGUCUCCGAAGCACUUUCUCAGACGCAUUGAAAUUGAUUUAGAAGUUUUUGCCCAGGGUACAUGUCCGCAUACGCCAACCCCAUUCCCUGCCAAACUAAUGAUGUUCAGCACAUGUAGUCUACAGUGAACAAAGUACACCCUCCUUGGUCCUAUCCAUGUCGUAUCCACUGCUUUUCAAACCCAAGAAUGAGUCUGCUGGAUUAAAAUUGCAAUAAACCACUGCUGUCAUGAUUCACGACCUGCCAGUAGAGCCAGGCCCUGUUUAUCCAAUAGGUAUGAUGUGCCUACAGGGCCUACGCACACAUCGGGUGCCGAUGAAAAUUCGAGGGCCUAAGAAAAUACCACAGUGUGCCAACAGGCUUUUUGAGCUACCAAUUUAGCCUGGCUUGCUUAGUACAGCUUAGCAUCAACAUGGAAUUGGUGAUGGUGCCUAAUGUGGAGUAUGGCCUACCUAGUUUGUGGCUCUGUGGGCCUACAGACUGGUGCCUAUAGGGCCUACGGAACAUUAAAUCCGGCCCUGACUAGAGCAGCCCAUAUAUGAGCAGCCACAAGUAGGAGUCCCUAAAGAGGAACAACCGCUUGUGCCAUGAUCCAUUUGUGUUCAUGUGGAAGGUUAUACUUCAUGUAAAUGAGGAAGAAACAACUAUCAUGCACUUCCUCUUGUCUAGGAUAUUUUGCACGUUAUAUUUUUUACGUACGUCCCUGAUGAUAAAACCAAUGUUGAUUAAAAUUGCGUUCCCUGUGCUCUUCGAGUUGUAACCCCCAGAAAUGGAUUUUUCCCCUUCUAAAUAGCUAUUUAUCUUGCAUUACAAAAGUUAUUCACUUUUGAAUGUGACAUCAACCGAAAAAAUAUCGAUAAAUGUACGGACCGGGAACUAGUUAGCUUGCAAAGCAGAUCUGUUUUUGCUUCUCUUUUUUCGGGGUCUUGCAGACGUCCAAAAAGGAAAAAAUGAGGUUGAAAAAAGUUGAAAUUGUUGAAGAGCACGGGGAACACAACUUUAAGUAUUCCCUUUCUUUUACCAUUGUAUUUUCUGUAUUUGCUUUAUUUGAAUCUAAAGCAGUGUUGAAGGCAGAAAAUGUCAGUGUUAAUAAAAAUGGCCCCUAAAUAGUGAAGAUAACUUUUACUCCGACCCAUCUAAGCCCAUGGAAGUAGGGUUUGCAGAGAUUCUUGAUAUGGCCCAUACAUGUAAAUGCUUUGAUAAUGGUGCGGCAUAGCCUCAAUAUGCCAAAGGAUUGUGCACUUUGUGAUCAAAGCAUGAAACCUGGCAUGUUGGUUCUUCAUGCCAUGAAGACAAUUUUCAGAUAUAGAGGCACUUCAUAUUUGACCUCUGGUGAUCUUUUAGAGGUCAAUGAAUUUUGCAUACUCUAUUCAUAACUUUUGUUCUUCAAAACUUUACUUUUCUAUGACCCAAGCCUAUUUCAUAGGUCUUCAUACAAUGAAAAUAAUGAUCAGAUGUGGGAACAGUUUAUAUCUGACCUCUGAUGACUUUUGAUAGGUCAUUGACCUUUGUAAACCUGUUUAUAGCUACAUGUGUUUGUAAGAUUUAUUCUUGAAAUCCCAUCUUUUUUCACGAUUCAUGUCUAAAUGAAAGGUGUUCAUGCUAUUAAGAGAACUUUCAUAUAUAGGGCAUUUCACAUUAAACCUCUGGUGACCUUACGAGAUGUUAUGACCUUUGUAAAAAAAAAAAAUUGCCUACCUAUUGAUAAGAUUUACAUAAUUGCAAAUCCCACUUUUUUCAUGACCCAAAUCUAAAACUUAACUCUUUGUGCCAUGAAAAUAAUUUUUAGAUGUGGGGACAUCAUAUUUGACGUAGUGAUACCCAUGGAGAGGUAUGAACUUUGUAAAUCUAAGUUGCCGUUAUUUAUCAUAUUUAUUCGUCAAAACGCCAUUUUUUCGUGACCCAAGCCUCAAUGGUGCCAAAGAAUGGUAUUGGUUUACAGUCAUGUUAUGAAUUCAGACCCCACAAUCAAUUUUCAGGUGACCUCUGACCUUGUUUUACUGGCAGACGCAAUAUGAUGAGAUUGGAAUAGAAAUCUGUGGGUCUGUUUUGUAAUGGAAAAUGUACAUUAUGUCAAGCAAUUAUUCACUCGUGUACUUAUUUCACCCUGUUGUAUCUAGAUGGACUUGGCUAACCACGUUUUUAACCUUUUUACCAAGCCCAAAUGGUCACUGUUAGAGAGUGAUGCUUGUCCGAUGUGCCUCUUAUAUGCAGUUGCGCCUGCGUCUACCCUUAUAAAAAGGAAAAUUGAGAUCGGGGUCAUGCAAAAAAAAAAAUCUUUGGGGUCCUACAUAAUGACACGCUGUAGAAUAAUUAUUGAAAUACACUCCUUUUGCACUCCGUUUGCACCUCUGGACGGUCAUCAGAGGUCAAUUAUGCAAGUUUCCCGCAUUAGGUCAUUGUUUACGUUGUAUGAAGACUAUACACAGACUUAAGUCAUAGGAAAGUGAUAGGUAUUAAUAGAGUAUUCAAAGGUCAUUUACCCCUCAAAGGUCACCAGGGGUCAGAUACGAAAUGCCUCCAUAACUGAUUUUUUUUAUCAUUUUUGUCACAAAAUGCACAAUUCUGUCCCUAUGCCGCACCACUAUAAAAGAAUUUCUAGAAGUAUUCUGUGGGCUUCUAACAAUAAGAUAAAAUAGUGUGCUGUGAAGUUGGCAAGGAACACAAUUUAACGCCACCACUGUAUUUUUGAUGGCAUGUUUAAAUGCUUAUAACUAUUUGUAAUUGGUGAAAAUGAAGUCAGGCAAGCAACUUUAUUUGGAAAUAUUUAUACCCUGCAAGUGUAAUGAUAUAUCUGUAGAUUUCACCCCUAUUAUCUUUUACUUAUAUUCAAUACAAA